AUGCCUCCCAAGUUCAAGGCACUAGAGUUCGUCAAGUAUGAUGGUACAGGCAAUCCCUACGCACACUUGCGCAUGUUCUGUAAGAUGGCUGCCUAUGGGGAUAAUCACCCUCUGUUUUGCCAGAUUUUCCCUGAUAGUUUGACCGACCCUGUGGCCAUAUGGUAUGUGAGAUUGGAAAAGACUUCUAGUUGGAGGGAAAUGGCCAACUCUUUCCUAGAAUACUACGGGUUCAACACCGAGAUAGCUCCCAACCGAACCAUUCUUCAGAGGACAGAAAAGAAGAGUAGGGAAUCCUUUCAUGAGUAUGCCAAAGGUAGCUCACAAGUGCAGCCCUCCAUGAUGGAAAAUGAAAUGAUCAAGCCUUUUUACUAUGAGAAGAUGAUCAGCACCCAAGUCACUCAUUUCACCAGCCUCAUCCCUACUAGGAAGCACAUUGACAAGGGUAUUAGGGGCAACAGGGUCAUGGAUGCCGAGUCUCUGAGUUCCAUGGUUGAACAAAAAAUUAAGAGAAUGACUUGUCACAAGACUAAGGAAGCCAAUGUUCAUAUGGUUGACAGUGCAACAGAAAGGCCUAGGGGUGUUGCUCCCAUUUAUGCUACCCCUACUGCUAGACCUUAUCAGUAA